UACCUUAACAGGAAGAACCUAUUGUAUUAAAACACGAAGUUAUUAAAUCUUUCUGCCAACCACUUUACAUUAAACACAGCAUUAAUUGCUUGAACGUGUUUCACAAUUAUCGAUAUGUGAUGAAAUGUUAUGAAUGGCACGGCACCCCGGGACACAAUUACAUGACUUAUUUUAAACGGACAUAUCACGGUGGAAUUGUGUACGACAAAUGCAAUCCUUGUUAAUGCAUUGUCACUUAUUAAAACAAUAACUGAAUAUAUGAUUGUGAUGGAAAUAGUGUAACAAAUAAAUUCAUUACCAAAGCCAUUCACAGUUCUAAAUGAAGCAAGAACAUGAUAGGGGUCUUGCAUGUUUAUCGGAUGGAAUGCUACUAACUUAUAUCUCAGCAGCAUUCAUUCAGAUGGUUAUUAAAGUGUGAAGAAGGACCUUAUAAAAAUAUAUGUAUUUGAACUAUAUUAGUUAUCGUGAAAUAGUUAAAACCAAUCACAACAUGAUAUAUUGGUUUUUAUUGCAAUAGUAUUUGCAUAUUAAUAUAAAGAAGAAAGAGAAAACAUUCAUUAUACUAAGGAAAUAUUAGCUGAUUGGCAUUCAGGAUUUCAAAGUUGAUUGAAUGCUGAAUAAAUAACUUGAUUAAAUUUCUUACAAAUGGCAGGCACUGUGGCAAUUUCGACGUUGAUUGUUUUACUGUCCAACAGUGAGCGGGAUAUGGAAAACCUUUGGAAUACAUUAGGUCCAUUAAAUGAUCCAAUGGGGAAUAAACACGAAGUUGAUCUUGCGUUAGCCGUACAUGAUGGUAAUUUUAGAAGUGCUUUAAUUGAUGACUGGGUAAAUCAGUCAUUCACAAAUAUAUAUAUUCAAGGAACAAACAAGUUUGGAGACAUCUUAUGGGAAACAGAGUUUGACGUCACAGGGAAAUCAUGGACGUUGGAUUCUUGGCUUUCUAAUGGAAACAUCCUAACAACAUCAUCUUUAUUACCUGGCACACAGGACACAACAUUUGGUAAUCAGAAUUAUCGGUUCCGUAUAAGUCCGUCGGGUAGUGCAGAUACAUCAUGGUUUGCUGUGACUUUCACUGGGUUAUCAUAUGGACCAUUACCACGGAUUUUUGUUCCACGUUCACCAGACGUUCCUUUCAGCUUACCAGCCUUUAUUGAUGGAAAUCUCGGAUGUUGGAACAAAGAUAUGUUGCUCAAUGUACAUCUGAUGUUUUCUAAUGACACCAUGACCCCAACUGACUGUAUUGCUGCAUGUGUUGGCAAUGCAAGUACUGCAAUUAUAACUGUGGGGCAAAACUGCUUUUGCGCAGACCUGGACCCAUUAAAUCCACCAAUAAAUAAUGCCAGUAAUUGCUACAUUUUCUGCUCAUCAACCAUACAACUAUGUGGUGGAUUCAGCGACAAUUUUGGUAAUGCGUAUCAUAUACAAGGCCAUUAUCUACCAGGAUAUAUCAACAUUAGCUUAUUGUUCAUGAGUUCAUACGAAAUAAGUUCAAACACGAUUGAGAUCGAUGUUUCUGAAAUAUCUGUAGGCAAUCAGAUUUCUCCUGCUUUUAUAUCAAAUAUCUCGGUGAAAGCUAUUCCACUUGAUCAAUAUUCAGUUCAGUAUUCAACAAGUAACUGCUCGCACCCAGGUGGAAAUAUGAAAGAUUUAUCAUUUGAUGCUGUAACGACAAAGAUAUUUGAGGGCGACGGAAGCGUUACAAGUGUUGAUAUUCUCAUGAUUCGAUGCUUACAAAUUCAAUUUGUUACUAUAAUUCCAAAUAUUGUUCACGUUCAACUUUGGGGUCCAGACGUGUCAUCUGAACAUAUAAUAGCGUCUGCACUAGUGAUAAGAGGAACAUCAGAGGCAGUAACAACGUCUAGUUCCACUACAUCUUUAACAACAACAGCACCGACAACAACAACAACAUCAGCACCAGCAGCAGCGACAACAACAACUGUGUCAACUACGACAGCAUCAACGAAUACAAGUAAUUCGGUCUGUUAUUGUCCGUGUAACAGUUCAGAUUUAACACUGACAGACGAACAGUUACAGGACAAACUAGACGAAAUAAAACGCAAUCUCACCAUGAAUGUUUCAAAUCUUUCUUCAAGAAUUCGAAAGCUAACAAGUGCCGAGGACAAACGUGUAUCUGCUGUAAGCAUUGGAUAUGUCGGUGUUGGUAUAUUGGUAGUGAUCUUUUCUGCAAUAGUCUUUAUAGACUCAUCAUUGCUGUACAAAGACAUUAAGAAAUUUGUGGACAACAUUAAGAAUGGAAUUUGUUGCAAAAUAAAACAGAAACAUUAGCAUAGUGGUAGAUUUUCAAUAUAAAACAUAUCAGUAGCUUGCAAUGUUUGUUUGUUUUAAGAAACAAUUGUAAAAUAAAAAUAGUCCGAAGAGGUGUCUUUCGUAGCCAACGGGAAUGAAAUUGUUGAGCUGUUUGAAAUUUAGAAUGAGGUUACAAGAUUGACAUUUAGAAUGAGGUUAAAGUUUGACAUUUAGAAUGAGGUUACAAAUUUGACACUUAGAAUGAGGUUACAAGUAACUUAUAAUAAUGUUACAAAUUUGAGAUUAAGAAUAAAUUCACAAGUUUGACAUUUACAAUGAAGUUUCAAAUUUGACAUUUAGAAUGAAGUUACAAGUUUGACAUUUGGAAUGAAGUUAGAAAUUUGACUUUUUGAAUGAGAUUACAAUACAAUUUAGAAUAAGGUUACAUUUAGAAUGAGGUUACAAGUUUGACAUUAAAAAUACUGUAUUAUCAAUCACACGCUAGUAUGACAAUGAAAGUAUAAGUAGGCAACGACGAUGUCUAGAAAUUGACUGUUGAACAUAUGCACGUGAUUCAAAAGGCAUUCUUUUACUUUUUACUCUAGAGAUGGAAUGGCACAUGGAACAUCUAUGUCGUAAAAUAUGUAAUAACAACUAAUUCAUCAUCUGUGUAGAAACAAAGAAUAAUUGUUUUGUUUGUUUGGUUGUUGUUUGUGUUUUUAGUGCGUGUACUUUUUGUUAUUAUGUCCUGGCAUAUGCCUUCUGUCCAUAGUCUGCAUUAUUUGCAUUUGUCAGUCAGUACAUAUUUCAAAAUUUUACGUGUAUAACUAUUGAUAACAUUAUUGCAAAAAUUAAAUAUAGAUUUAUAUUCGUUCAAUACAUAUGUUAUAGUUAGAAUAUUUUAACAAUCUAUUUCUCGAAUGUAGUUAACGUAGAUUGAGCGAUUACAGAAAUAUGUAGUUUGAUAUCAAGUACAAAAAUGUAAAUGAUGGCAACUGUAAAUGUAAAUUGUUUGAUAUUUAAUGUAUAGUCUUACAAUUUUACAGUGACAUUUUGAUCUAUUGUAACAUAAUAUCUGCUUGACGGAUGUUUCUCUCCAUACUUCAAAGGAAAUUUUUUAUUGCUUUCCAUAUUGUCUUCAUGGCUUCGAAUUUUCUGUAAUUUUCUACAUAAACGGUUCUAAGAGAAAAUGAGGUCAUUAUAUUCUGAUAGAUUGCGUGGUUGAGAUAUAUUUUAUUAAAGGUCGAUAUCACAAAUUAUAACUGAAAUCCUAAAUAAUGCUGUAACAGCCAUAACAUGUUCAUUUCAAGAUGAAUUGCAAGGGAAAUGUUAAGGACUUUUAAAUUAAAUACUUUAGUGAGAAUGAAGAAGAGUCUUACGUAUAGUAUAUCUGUGUACAAGAUG